GUUUGCUCUUUAAGUAUUUAUCUAGGAGGUUUCUCUUAAAGAGGAACCCACACAAUGUGUACAAUAUAAAUGAAGCAACACGGCACGGAGCUCGGGCACUUUCCAAAGAAGCUGUGGUAGAGUCCACUGAACCGUCGCGAGGAGACGUUUCCGCCCACAAGAAAGAUGGCGGCUCCCUUGCUGGAGAAACUGUCGGAGUCCUUAGGUUCCCCGGAGCCAGCGGUUCGACUCAUUUUAUCUAUUUUAAUAGGGUAUCCCUUUGCUCUGGUGUACCGGCGGCUCUUGUUCUACCAGCCUGCCACAGUUAUCCACUUGUUUCACGCGUUCUCCGGACUGGCUCUAGCAGCAUUCAACUUUGCAGGCUCUCAGCUCUAUCACUCCGCAGUAUGCAUCCUUGUCCAAUUCCUGAUGCUGAGGCUCAUGGGAAGGACAGUAACAACUGUCCUGAGCAGUUUUACCUUUCAAAUGUUAUACCUGCUGGCAGGGUAUUACUACACAGCGACAGAAGAGUAUGACAUCAAGUGGACUAUGCCUCAUUGUGUCCUCAUGCUUAAACUAGUUGGUUUGUCAUUUGAUUACUAUGACGGCGGAAAGGAAUCAUCCCAGCUGAGUUCAGAGCAGAAGAAAGCAGCCCUGCAGUCUGUUCCCUCUCUGCUCGAGGUGUAUGGCUUUUCCUACUUCUAUGGAGGCUUCCUGGUGGGGCCCCAAUUUACACUGCGCAGCUACCAGAGGCUGGUGGCAGGGGAACUCACAGACUGCCCUGGAAAGCCUCCAAACAGUGUUAUACCGGCUAUGAAGAGGUUUACUCUGGGUUUUGUCUGCCUGUUGAUAUAUACAAUAUUUAGUCCCUAUUACCCAGACAGCUACUACUUAACAGAUGAGUAUGAGGCUCAACCAUUCUGGUAUCGCUGUGUGUUUAUUCUGCUCUGGGCUAAAGUCAUUUUGUAUAAAUAUGUCAGCUGUUGGGUUAUAGCGGAGGGCGUAUGUAUACUAUCUGGCCUAGGCUACAAUGGUGUUGUGGAUGGUAAGCACCAGUGGGACGCCUGUGCCAAUAUGAAGGUGUGGCUCUUUGAAACCACGCCGCUUUUCGGAGGAACCAUUGCUUCCUUCAACAUCAACACAAACGCCUGGGCUGCCAGACAUGUCUUCAAGCGGUUGAAGUUCCUUGGCAAUAAGACCCUGUCUCAUGUGUCCACACUUUUCUUUUUGACGAUUUGGCAUGGCCUUCACUCUGGAUACAUCAUGUGCUUCUCCAUGGAGUUCUUCAUCAUCACUGUAGAGAGACAGGCCCUGGCACUGGUGAGGGACAGUCCCUUGCUGACAAAGCUGGCCAACAGCGUGCUCUACCCUCUCAUAUAUGUAGUCCAGCAGUUUAUACACUGGCUCUUCAUGGGCUACCCCCUAGUGCCGUUCUGCCUCUUCACCUAUGACAAAUGGCUCAAGGUGUAUUCGUCCAUCUAUUUCUGUGGUCACGUAUUCUUCCUUGUAGCCUUUUUAGUCAUGCCAUACCUCCGUAAGGCGCUGGUGCCUAAGAAAGAACAGAGCCAGAAAAAGCAGGAAUAAAACUUGGUACUAAGACUUGGCAUGGUCCGUCUGAGGCUAAAUCUCCACUGAAGGGAACUGUGACUUUCGAUGAGCAGAAAGGAAAAUAUUUUAAGGCCUUUAGUAAUAUAUAUGUCCAUGUAAAAAUAAAUUUCUAUAUAUUUUUGUGUUUUAAAUGGGAAGGGUGUUUUUAUAAACAUUCAGAGAAAUGUUUACAGGAAAUUACCAUCGUGCCACGUGGGGUAAAUGUGGGCCAAUCAGGGGCAUUUCCUGUUUGUUUUUCGCUUUAAAAAAAAAAAAAAAAAAAAUUUUAAGUCAUGUGGGACUUGUAGAACUUGAGAGACUUACAUGCUGUCGACACAGAAUUGCACUCACCAGUCACGGGUUCAGUGUCUGUCAUCGACCCUGAUGUGUUUUACGUUUCAUUUCUCUGUCUCACGUCUAGCACCUGCAUUUGGCAGCAGCAGUAAGCCUCUACGGGAGGUUUAAGCACAGUGCCAGCGUCUGUGGCGCUUUCUAAUGUAAAAAUACAUCCCGCAUACAGCUUUCUGCAAAGGACAGAUGAUAAUAAUGAUAAUAAUAAUCAGGAGGGGGUGUUUCUUGAAAAUGGCGGCCAGUGGUUAUACAAGCACUGUAAAUCAAAUACUGCACGCGGACACCCGACUCAAAAUGGCCUUGUAUUAAUGAAUGUUUGAUGAAUGAAAAAAAAAAACUUGAUUUUAUAGAGAUUUAACAGCUUUUAUGAAAAAGAACAUUUUGUCGCUUUGGAUACGAUUUCAUGAAUGGAUUUGCAUUUUUCUCUUGCCUUUCCUCAUUUGAUGUUUUAGCUGUUUUUCUUGCCAUACAUCCUCCUCUCCCUCUGCUCGGUCUGCGCCACUCCUCGCCUCCUCUAUCUGCCUUGAUUCAAGCCCGGCCCUUGGCUCUGAAAUGCACAGACGUGAAAGUGAACUUACAACACUGCCCGAACAUACAGUCACUACAUUUACUUGUUUAAAUCAUCCUGUACUCACUCUGGUCUCUAUAAAAAGGAGUUAUAGGCUGUGUCUUGAGUUGAGGAAUUAUCUCAUUUUGAACUAGAAGCAGAACAACAAACUUAAAAAAAAUUAAAAAAAA